UGUAGCGACUUUAUAGUUCAUCCAGUUGGCAACACUGAUUCGUAAUAAUUUUCUAUUUUCAGGUUAAGUUUUAUGUUUAUUAUUUCGAGCGUAUCGUAGACUCUGGUUAUGUUUGUACAUUGCAGAUUGUUGGGAGACAAUAACUAAAUCCUAAAACUUAUCUGCAUAAUAUAUCACGUUCGAAACACUAAUUGAGUGUGUAUAAAUUCACCAUUAUUUAUCCAACUACUACCCAAGUCCUAGCCAAUGUUUAGUGCAUCCAGAAAAAAUAUAUUCAAUAUCAAAAAUGUUCGGACUAAAUCUGAUGCAACUUUGAACCAAAUAAUAAGAGUCGAUCAUGCUGGAGAAUUGGGCGCUGACCGGAUUUAUGCGGGCCAAAUGGCCGUGCUUGGAACUACUUCGAAGGCUCCCUUAAUAAAACACAUGUGGGACCAAGAGAAACACCACAGAGCUACUUUCGAGGAUCUUAUACGAAAACAUAGAGUGAGGCCCACUGUUAUGACACCUAUUUGGAAUGUAGCUGGAUUUAUGUUGGG